AUGACAGCCCAAAUGUCAGUUGCGACCAGUGCUCGCGCUGAAUGGCGGGCAAUUGCGAUUUGUCUGUUUAUCACAAUCGCUGCUUUUCAGUUUGGGUUUGAUUCUUCAUAUUAUUCAGGUAUCCUUGUCAUGGAGCCGUUCCUCCAAGACUAUGGCAAUUUUGAUGAUGCUACAGGAGCCUAUGCCAUCAGCUCCAGUAUCGAAUCUCUCACCACGAGCAUUAUCAACAUUGGCGAAUUCAUUGGGGCGGUUUCGUCGUUCAUGGUAGAUGAUAAAAUCGGUCGUCGUGGCGGACUAUUCGUGUCCAGUACUUGUGUGUUGAUAGGCGUGAUCUUCCAAGUUUCUGCACCUAAGAUUUCUUUGCUGAUUGUUGGGCGUUUAUUCCUGGGCUACGCUGUUGGAUUGAUCUCCUGCCUGGUCCCUCUAUAUGUCGCAGACUGCUCUCCAGCUCGAUUUCGCGGUGCAUUGGUCUCACUCUAUCAAUUCAAUGUCGGACUAGGACUACUUCUUGGAAUACUGGUCGAUGAGGCAACCAAAGAUCGCACUGACAGUGGCGCCUACCGCAUUCCAAUGGCCGUUCAACUCGUGUUUCCAAUAAUUACAAUUCCUGGUCUUCUCUCCUUUGCGCCUGAAUCACCCCGAUGGUUAUUGGGCAAAGGGAAAAUUGAGAAAGCCCGAAUCGCCCUUCGAAAGUUACAUGGUUAUCGCCCAGAUUUUAUCGAAAGUGAAAUCCGCGAGAUAAUGCAACUCAUAGAAGAAGAGCGUAUGUCUGUCGGCUCUUGGAAAGAUCUUUUAACUUGGAAUAUUGAUGGCCGCAAGGCCUACCUGGGGAUGGCACUUCAGGCCUGGCAACAAGCCUCUGGUAUCAACUUUAUCACCAGCUAUGGUGUUUUGUUCUUCGAAGCGAUUGGGAUAACGAAUUCCUUUCUCAUUCAGAUGGGAUUGUAUCUGACCCCAAUGCCAGCCGUCUGGCUCAAUCAAUACUGCGUGGAGCGAUUUGGUCGUCGUCCAAUGCUAAUUCUGUCAACGUGUGCAGUCGCUGCAGUGCUGCUCAUUGUUGGUGGUGCCGGCUCAGCACCAGACAAGACUAAAGCACUGGACCAAGCAAUUGUUGCAAUGGUCUAUAUCUUCAUGGUUGUCUUUAACCUUGCCUUGGGGCCAGCUGUCUGGGUGGUCACGUCUGAGAUAUCCACUGGUCCUAAUCGCAGCAGGCUUAUGGCUACAUCAAGUGGGACAAGUUGGUUCUGUAGCUGGCUGGUAACAUUUACUUUCCCCUACCUUUUUGGUGACGGUGGAGCCGCCUUGAACGCCAAAAUUGGGUUUAUAUACGGUGGCUUGAUGGUUGCGGCUGCUGUAUGGAUAUUUUUCUUUUUGCCAGAAACAUCUGGUCGAACCUUGGAAGAAAUCCAUGAGAUAUUCCAGCGUGGUGUAUCCGCUCGCGAAUUUAAAGGGUACCAACAUUCAGAAUUUACGGAGCCAACUUCGCCGGACGAAAAGGACAUGGCCCAUAUUACGGAACUAAACAGCGUUCAGGAGGCUUAG